CAAUACCAUAACUUGAUGAAGAACAGUCCAUUGCACAGUAAAAUGUUCAAAGUCCCUCAAAUGUCCCACAUCUCACGCAGACGGGAGAAGGAAGAAAACUCUCCCUGCCAUGCCCGACCACAGUCCGACUCUUGAGUCGUCCGAAAACCUUGAGCCUCCGAUCAGCCCUCUGACACCGAGUACCGAGCACCAUCUCUAUUCCAACGAUUCAACCUCAAUCUUGGUCGCCAGCAGCAGGCAAAGCCAGGGAUUUUGGGGCCUUCCCUCCUGAAGAUUCUCGAUCGCCCAGUAACAGUGGCAGCGAACCUGUGUUUCAGAAAUUUCUCCAGAUGUUCCUCUGUGCUUUCACGUCUGUCUCCAUCAAAUCAGAAUUGUCCACGGCCCCUAUUUAACGGAUACAAUAUCAUUUUCACUGGAGGGCUGUGCGCGCAUGGCGCGCUGCUAUCUUCUCCUCCCGCUUUCCUCCUCCCUCCAAUAUUAACAAUUGAAGGUAAUUGUUAAUAUUCUGCAGGCUGAUUACAGAAAUUUCAGGAAAAUCUCAGCAUUAAAUUUUUAAAGCAUUUGCUGAUCUCAAAUCUAACAUCAAAACAAGUCUACGAUGCUGAAUGUUUUUGUACCUAACCGAACAGCAUUACGUUUUUUAGAGAGUCGCUGAUGAAACUCUAACAUGAGAACAAGUCUAGAGUGAUGGUUUUUAUACCUUACAUAAGGCCCUCAAAAGAGUAAAAUACGAAUACCGUGUAUUGUUACCUUUUAACUGAAACACAGCAUUGUAGGUGGGGACUGAAAGCUUGCUGUUAUUUGUUGUUCAACAGCAACUUCAGGUAUUCUCUAGAUGCUUCUUCUGUUAACCUGCACACAUUAUAUUUUGUAUUUUCAUUAUAUUAAUGGUAUAUAAUCAUUUUUAAGGUUAAUCACGUUUGUGUGAUGAACAAGUGUAAGACAAAGACUGCUUACUGGUUGCACAUAAAUUGAGUCGGAAAUGAUGGUGAUCCCAAGCUAGCUCUUUAUAUAUUCCAAAAAUCUGAAAACAUCUGAAAUCCAAAGCACUCCCAGCCCCAAGCAUUUUGGAUAAGGUGUACUCAAACUGUAUUCCAAAAUCUGAAAUCUAAAGCGCUUCUGGGCCCAAAACAUUUCGGUUAAGGGGUGCUUAACCUGUACUUGUGCAAACAAUAAACUUGACUUUGAUAUAGACAUGCUUUCAAUGUGCAAAUUUAACUCUGCUUUCCGAUCUGUUUUUCUUAGAAUCAACUUUUACAUUAGAAAAUACUCCCCAUUGAUUUUAAUAGGAUGUGGAAUUGGUUUCUCACAAAUUGAAAGCACACUUCAGAACAAAACAUUUAGAAAACUGUCAUAUUUGUGGAUUGUGCGAUAUUUGUGACACAAGAAGUGUGGAAUGAAUGAGACUGAGCCAAAGGAACAGGGAGUUUCUCUCAGCAGCAUGAACAGACUAGCUUGUAUAAUUUAGGCAAAUCUUUCUAUGCUUGCAUGCGGUUGGUUGGCUGGUUGGCUGACUGCUUGCAUUCAGUUGUUUUCAACAGCAGAUGGGGAGGAAGUGCUACUGCUCACUGACUGGAUCUGCAACAAACGGACUGCCUGCCAUAACGGAACAAGAUAUGCAGGCUGAACAUUUAGUGCACUUUGGAUUUGUCUUGCAUAUUAUUACUCUGAAUCGUGGUUGAGCUUCCAAAUGAAUUCAGCUAGCUUAGCUUAUAUAUUUCCAGAAAUCUCAUUUGAACAAUCACUUUGUAGUGUGACUUCAAAUCUGAAGAGAGUGGAAAAGAAGAAUCUUUUGUACUGGGGGAAAAUACAAGUCUGAAAGAGAGAAAUCUGAUUAAAAAGGCUAUAUCGACGGUGCCCUCAUGUUGAAGUGACUUGGAAACGGAUCCCGGGUUCUGACUGUAAUUUGCACAUGGGAAUAGCUACUGGCUAUUUGCCAAGUCUGCUUUCCCAUUAACACUGACAAUUCAGAGGUGCUGCGACAUUGAGAUGGACUCACCAGCAAAACUAGUGAAUGAAUUACUGCAACGUCAGAUCGCAUAUGUCUCAGCUGCUCAGAUGAGAGGAAAAAGCCCUGCUUAAGUGACCUGUACAGCACAGACCCAAUUCCGGUCAAGAAGGACGUGGAUUUGUGCAGCACGAACUCCAAAAGAACAAGAAUCCUCACGGAAAUGAGGAAUGAAGUCCGGUAGCUCUGGCUGCUUAGAAAUAGAAAUAAUUUAUUUGCCAGUCUGUCUGCUGCUGAUGUGAGAGACUGGCUAACAAGCUGUUAAUUCAGUUUGUGUGUGUUUGCAUACUGGCAUGAACUGUGGAUUUUCAUUUGACUUGUAUCAUGGAUGAUUCGAGUAUUUUGAGGCGGAGAGGACUGCAGAAAGAAUUGAGUUUACCAAGAAAAGGAAGCUUUUGCCGUACAAAUAACCGGAAGAGCCUAAUUGUGACUUCGAGCACUUCACCAACACUACCACGUCCACAUUCACCACUGCCAGGGCACACAGGUGGCAGUCCCCUCGACAGUCCAAGGAAUUUUUCUCCCAAUGCAGCAGCUCAUUUUUCAUUCAUACCAGCACGAAGCCAUGGUCACAGAGCUGACAGGACUGAUGGACGCCGGUGGUCCUUGGCCUCCUUGCCAUCUUCUGGAUAUGGAACUAAUACACCCAGUUCCACAGUCUCUUCAUCCUGCUCGUCACAGGAGAAACUUCACCAGCUGCCAUAUCAGCCAACAGCCGAUGAACUGCAUUUCCUCAGCAAGCACUUCAGCACUGAGAGCAUCACAGACGAUGAUGGACGACAGUCUCCAACCAUGCGUCCUCGAUCACGUAGCCUCAGCAGUCCCGGAAGAUCCCCUUGUUUCUAUGACAAUGAGAUAGUAAUGAUGAACCAUGUGUAUAAAGAAAGAUUUCCCAAGGCCACGGCUCAAAUGGAAGAGAACCUCCAGGAGUUCAUCAAAUCCAGUGCUCCAGAGAAUGUGUUGCCGUUAGCUGAUGGAGUUCUCAGCUUCAUCCACCACCAGGUGAUUGAGCUCGCUAGGGACUGCCUGGCUAAAUCCCGAGAUGGCCUUAUCACUUCCAGAUAUUUCUUUGAGCUGCAAGAGAAUUUAGAGAGGCUUCUGCAAGAUGCACACGAGCGGUCUGAGAGUUCAGAGGUGACAUUUGUUACUCAGCUGGUGAAGAAACUGAUGAUCAUUAUUGCCCGGCCGGCACGGCUGCUAGAGUGUCUGGAGUUUGAUCCUGAAGAAUUUUAUCAUUUAUUGGAAGCAGCUGAAGGCCAUGCUAAAGAAGGACAAGGAAUCAAAUCUGAUAUCCCACGCUAUAUUAUCAGUCAGCUGGGGCUCACCAGAGAUCCCUUGGAGGAAAUGGCCCAGUUAACCAGCUAUGACAGUGGCAGUACAGAGCCCCCAGAAACUGAUGAUUCUCUAGAAGGUCGUGGUGCUACAUUUAACACAAAGAAAACCCCAUGCGAGGAAGACUUUGAAAACCUAAAGCUGAUUAGCAAUGGAGCCUAUGGAGCGGUCCAUCUUGUGAGACAUAAGGAAACACGACAAAGGUUUGCUAUGAAGAAAAUUAACAAGCAGAAUCUCAUUCUACGGAACCAAAUCCAACAAGCAUUUGUUGAAAGAGAUAUCCUGACCUUUGCAGAAAACCCUUUUGUUGUAAGCAUGUUCUGCUCUUUUGAGACAAAACGACAUCUUUGUAUGGUGAUUGAAUAUGUUGAAGGUGGGGACUGUGCAACUUUACUGAAGAAUAUUGGUGCUCUGCCUGUUGAAAUGGCCAGGAUGUAUUUUGCAGAAACUGUACUAGCUUUAGAAUAUCUGCACAAUUAUGGUGUUGUUCAUCGAGACCUCAAGCCAGACAACCUUCUUAUCACUUCAAUGGGUCACAUCAAGCUGACAGACUUUGGACUUUCGAAGAUUGGUCUGAUGAGUCUCACAACCAAUUUAUAUGAAGGACACAUUGAAAAAGAUGCAAGAGAAUUUCUUGAUAAGCAGGUUUGUGGAACUCCGGAGUACAUUGCUCCUGAAGUGAUACUACGACAGGGCUAUGGGAAACCGGUGGAUUGGUGGGCCAUGGGAAUAAUCCUAUAUGAAUUUCUGGUAGGAUGUGUUCCAUUUUUUGGAGAUACUCCAGAAGAACUAUUUGGACAAGUAAUUAGUGAUCAGAUAGCUUGGCCUGAUGGAGAAGAAGCUUUGCCACCUGAUGCUGAAGACCUCAUCUCAAAAUUGCUCAGGCAAAAUCCAUUAGAACGGCUGGGUACAGGAAGUGCUUAUGAAGUUAAGCAGCAUCGGUUCUUCUCAGAUUUGGAUUGGAAUACUCUGCUGCGUCAGAAGGCAGAAUUUAUUCCUCAGCUUGAGUCGGAAGAUGACACUAGUUACUUUGAUACCCGAUCAGACAGGUACCACCAUCUUGAUUCUGAUGAAGAAGAUGACACCAAUGAUGAUGACCAUGUAGAAAUUAAGCAGUUCUCAUCGUGUUCACCGAGAUUCAGCAAGGUUUACAGUAGCAUGGAACGGCUUUCACUUCACGAAGAGAAAAAAACACCCCCUCCAACCAAACGCAGCUUCAGUGAAGAGAAGGAGGACAGGGUAGACAGGUUGGAUGGGCUUAGUGGCCUGAAGACACGGGACAGGAGCUGGAUAAUUGGCUCUCCUGAAAUUAUCAGAAAACGCAUGUCAUUAUCAGAAUCUUCCCACACUGAAAGUGAUUCGAGCCCUCCGCUAACAGUGAGACGCCGUUGUUCAACUCUAAUAGAGAUGCCACGCUUUUCUAUAUAUGGAGACGAAGAAGGAAAGAAGCAACAAGCUACCAGGACAAGAGAGGAAGUGUCCUUAACUAUUCCAGAACAGCCUACUGAGAAAGACCUUACUCUGCAAGUGGAUGUUAUCCCUGCCACACCUCCCUCAACAAUGAGUAAUACCAGCAGCUCGACUUUGACAGCCAGCAGCACUGCUGACCUAUCUGAUCAGAGAUCUCGCAGUAACAGUGCAGAGGGAUCAGACUCUUCGACUCCAAAAGCAAUCAGUGACCUAGCAGCCCGCAGAGCUCGACACAGGCUAUUAUCUGGAGAAUCAACUGAGAAGCGGACCUCCAGGCCUGUCAAUAAAGUGAUCAAAUCAGCUUCUGCAACUGCCUUGUCCCUUAUGAUCCCUUCAGAUCAUCAUAUUGGUUCUCCUUUAGCUAGCCCUAUGUCACCACGUUCUUUAUCAUCCAAUCCAUCUUCACGGGAUUCUUCACCAAGCCGAGAUUUUUCUCCAGCAGUAAGCAAUUUGAAACCUCCAAUCAUUAUCCACAGAGCUGGGAAAAAAUAUGGGUUUACGCUUCGUGCUAUCCGAGUUUACAUGGGAGAGAGUGAUAUCUUUACUGUUCACCAUAUGGUCUGGCAUGUUGAGAGUGAUGGACCUGCCCACGAUGCUGGCCUACGUGCUGGAGACUUGAUAACUCAUGUAAAUGGAGAACCUGUCCACGGUCUAGUGCACACAGAGGUGGUGGAACUCAUAUUAAAGAGUGGAAACAAGGUUUCAAUAUCAACAACUCCUUUUGAGAAUACAUCAAUCAAGGUUGGGCCAGCUCGGCGAUCUACACACAAGUCAAAGAUGGCAAGGAGGAAUAAGAAGAGUAAAACAAAAGAUGGCCAAGACAGUAAGAAAAGGAAUUCCCUCUUUCGCAAGAUUACAAAACAAGCCUCAUUGCUACAUACAAGUCGGAGUUUGUCCUCCCUGAAUCGAUCGCUUUCAUCGGGUGAAAGUGUGCCAGGUUCACCAACGCACACGCUUUCCCCUCGCUCGCCAACACAGAAUUAUAGGUCCGCAGCAGAUUCUACACAUUCAGUUGCCGGCAAUUCAUCUCAGAGCAGCUCUCCCAAUUCCAGCGUACCCAAUUCUCCAGCUAGUUCUGGUCACAUUCGUCCAAGCUCUCUCCAAGGACUGGCACCUAAGCUUCAACGGCAGUAUAGAUCACCAAGACGCAAGUCUGCAGGAAACAUCCCUCUGUCUCCCCUUGCUCGCACUCCGUCACCUACUCCACAACCAACUUCGCCUCAGCGCUCCCCAUCUCCAUUACCUUCACAUUCUCUGGGUAGUUCAAAUGCAGCACAAUCAUUCCCAGUGAAAUUACAUUCGUCACCACCAUUAGUCAGGCAGAAAUCCAGGCCCAAAAGUGCUGAACCACCAAGAUCACCAUUAUUAAAAAGAGUCCAGUCUGCUGAAAAAUUGGCUGCCACUUUAUCAUCUGAAAAGAAGUUGUCAUCUUCCCGAAAGCAUAGCCUGGAUAUAUCACAUUCUGAAUUCAAGAAGGAAAUGCUGCAGAGGGACCCCAGUCUACAGAGUUUACAGGAGUCUGCCAAUGAAUCGUCAGGCAGUAAACGUGGCCCUGCAGAAAAGGGAACUCUAAAGCAACCUGCUGCUAGAAAAAUUGGAAGGCAAGAACAUUCAGAUGGAAUGAAUAGGGGAAAGCUCAAUGACAAAUUAGUAGCAAUAAGACAUGACAGGGCAGAAAGGAGAGAAGCACUACAAAAGCAGGAUGCCAUUCGUGAGGUAGAUGUCUCUGAAGAUGAAAGUGAUGAAGGUUCAGAAGACCAUCAGGAAAGAAAGAAGUUGCAAUGGCCCUGUGUUCAAAAAGAAGAUUCAAAUUUAGAUGAACUAGGUUGUGUCUCACAUAAAGCAGAAAGCAGGGAUUCUUCGGAAGAUGACCUCAGUUCUGCAUUUGUUUGUGAGGCUAAAGAAAUGAGAUCUACAGAAAUGAACUUAGCUCUGCUUCCAGAGCUCAGUGUUGGGAGAACUAUAUUGGACAGUACAAUACCGCAUAAAAUGGGAGAACUUGAUCAAUCAGAAGAUUGUACAAUCAACACAGCACGUGUAGAAAAACCCAUGUUAGAACAUGCUGCUUCUGGAAUCCACAAGAAUGGCCAGCUUAAAACAGAUUCCAAUAACUUAAAAGCCAUUGAAACAAAACAACCUGUGCUAGAUAUUGCCACUACAAAGAAUGACUCCUCCAAGACUACAUUAAUGCAAAAAGCGCUGGAGGAAGCAUCAAGCCAAGUGCUUGGAAAGGCAGCAUCAUUCAAAAUACAACAAGGCGUUCAAACUAGUUUAUUAGAAUCUAGCAAGGAUAAUGACAGUAGUCCUCUUAAUCAAAUAAUGCACAUAUCAAAGGAUGCACAUCAGAAACUUUCAGAAGCAACUGAUAAACUAAUUGCAUGCUAUUCCCCUAUAGCUGACAAUUUACUUCUCAGAUCAGGAUCCCCUCAACCUUCAAAGCCAUCCAAGAAAAUUGAAGAUCUGAAGAAGUUGGCCACUGGAACUGAAAGCACGGCAAAGGAUGAGAUCAAAGGGCAGAGUGCAAAUAAACAAAAAGAUGCAUUUGAAAUUAGCGAAAAGCCUCUUCCGUCAAAUAAUGUGAAGUGUCAAGAAGCAAUUAACCAAUCCGCUAUUGGGGAAGUAGAAAGAAAAAUAAGCCAAUGUGAGCAAAGGUUAAAAGAAAAUGAAGAGAUGCUCACUAAAAGUCAACUUGCCUUCAGCACGGAGAGCACUGGCUCAAAAUAUUCUCCAGUUAGCUUUGCUAAAACACCUUUUGUUUCCCAUUUAGCUACUGUUGCCAAAAAUGUGCUGGGUCCAGUGAAAUUGGCUAUCCCUGGAAUAACAGAGACCGAGAGGAGGAAAGAAUUAGGGUCAGAAGAAUUGAUGGCCAGAAAUGAAAAGCAAGUGUCACAGUUUACCACAUUUCAAAGUGCAGCUGUGCCCUCACUGCCUGCAAAUGCAAAAUCACAAUUUGAAGAAAAGGUCAUUCUUUGUGGAUCUUUGUUAAAACCUGACCAAGUCACAGGAGUAUUAAGUGAACAAAGAGUUUUGCAGGAUACUACAGGAAGUUCAUUAUCAAGAGAACAACAAUCCUGUGUGGAAAAAUGUGAGAAAGAUCAAUCUGGGAGCUGUCAAUUCAAAACUAAGCAACCUGUAGACAAGAAAGGACAAGAUUCCCAGCUUUCACAGAAAUUUACGUGAUAAUUAGAAAACAUAAUUGGAAUGUUUCCAUUGUAUGCAAGUGGUCAUCUGGAUCUAACUAAAAAAAUUUCUUUUGGAGGCUCCUUAAAGCUAGUUUGACUUUAUUUCCUUUUACAGUUCCAAAAAAACACUCAGUAAGAUAUUUGUGAAUAGUUUAGCAUAUCCUUAACACUAAAUUCAGUUUUGGAGGCAAUGCUUGUGCUGCCAAAGUGAGCUAACAAUCAGUGUAUUAGGAGUUAUUUUUCUUUUUUGCUAAUGUCAAUAUUGACUUUAUGUUGGACCAACAACCUUUUGAAAGAAGCAAAGCGGAUGAUAAUUUCUGUGUACACUGUGAUUUGAUGAGAAAUGCCAUAAUGAACAUGAGUGCAUCAAGUCAUUUAUCUUAUUUGUCACCCCUAUUUUCUACAUUUUCAUAUUUAACUGAUUCCCAUUUACAAAAUGUCUCUAUUUUCUGCAUUUAUAGCAAGCAGGUCCUCUGAUGUACAGGACAAGUUUGCCAACAAAGCCGUGAUCAAGGCUUAUGCUUUACAACUUACAGGAUUCAUCAUUGUUAUAAAGUUGCCUGAAUCCUUAGCUCUGUAAUGUAUUUUGUCACUAUGCAAAGUAAUACAUUCCUGCAGAGUGCUUCAAGAGUAUAAUGUAAUUUUUCUUUUUUUUUGUAUUAAUGUAUCUGAGAAAUGUAUCUUAUUUAUUGUAAAUAUACACAUGACAGUCUUGGAUGUCUUUAUGGGUUUGUGCCACAUAGAUACUUUGUCUUGGAGGGAUGUAGUGAAUGUGUAAUGGAAAUGCUUUCACAAUUAGAGGAAAGCAUUAAAAAAGCAUUUUAGUAUUUAAUCAACACACAAUCACCAACAACUGUGGUGCAGUAAGCAUUUUUGUGUUCUGUUUUUAUUGCAUGUUGGCUUUAACCCAUUCCCUUCAAACAUACGGAAUUUAAUAUGAUACAAAUUUAGUAAGCUAAUUAAUAUACAAGACCCAUUAAUUCAUAUUUUUAUAUCUCUUGUAUCACUCUUAAAACUUCCCAUGACAGCAAUAAAUUUUGUGUUGGGUUUCAGCUGAUGUGCAGAAUUUGUUUGGUGUAACUCCUCCUCUGUUCAACUUGUAUCAUGUUUUUGUUAAUAAUAUAUUGCACUAAUAGAAGUGGCGCUUUAGUUAGACUAACAAUCUUAGAUUGCUUUGUUUUAGCUACAUUCAGCUAAAUGUGUCAGUUAGUUGAACUGAGUAAGUUAGACUGUCAGUGAUUAAUACUGACUAAAUUUUAAUUGCUGUGUUUGAUUUUUUUAUAUAUAAAAAACAAAACUAGUAAAAAUAAGCUGUGGACUUUAUGGGCACUCUGGAACCUAUACUUGCAGUGCAUCUGACUGAAUUUCUUUAUUGCUAUGAUGUUUUCAUUCAAAGGUAAUGAGGAAAAUACUUGAAAUAAAAGGGUUGUGUUUACUG